AUGUCACCAAAUUACUAAUCUUGCCAUAUGAGGAAUAUUUGAAAGCUAUGUUAAUAUUUUGACCAACAAAUGAACAAAACCUUUCACCAACAAAUGAACAAAACUUUCAGGUAACAAAUGCGUACUAUAUUCUGAAACAGUUGCUUAAUCAGUUAUAAAGUCUAGUUAAACAAUCAUGGUAUGGGUUUGUUGUCCCCCACGAAGAAAUUGGGGAGGGGACUACGGAUCAGUCUGUCCGUUCGUUCAUAUGUUUGUUUGUAAGUUAGUAAAACAUGAUAUCUCAGACAGCACUAGUAAGAUUUUGACAAAGCUUGGGUGAAUGAUUCGUCUUGCCGUACAGAUUUGGCAUUUACAAAAUGACACUAAUUGGCCCAAGACAGGAGCUAUGGUAAUUAACUGCAAUUUGUUGGUCACACGCGAUAUGUCAAUUGGCCCAAGAGGGGGUACUGCAUCAUUCGUGGGGGACGACAUGUUUACUGUUGCCUUGUUUUCACAUGGUACCCUCCUAUUGUUCUGUUUUGAAUUCAAAAGUAUUAUGUUAGUAUGAUGUUUAAUGUGAGGUGAGUAGACUGUUGAGUGUAGUACUUUACAUCAAGCUGUCUCUUCAUCUUGAAUACACUGAUUGACACAUCUAGCAUUGGAUACAGAAAUGUCAGGUCCCAAAUUAUUGAACUGCAGGGAAAUGUGAACUGAGACAGGAAGUUCUUCAUGCCAGCAAUUUUGCUCCGUUAAAGCUGCAGUAGGUAAGUCUGCAGACAGCAGACUCUCUCACACACUCUCGUUCGCUUUCUGUGCCCUCUGCCUGCAGACAUAAUUGUUAAUAAAUCCCAAAUAAUGAAGUUGAUAUAAUUCAUCAUGUAUAUUUAUCUGUUUAAAUCAAAUUAUUUGUGCACAUUAGUCAGGUACAUCCUCAGAAGGGACACGAUUGGCUGGAAUUAUAUUUCAGAGUGAUUGCAGAGCGAGGGGCAGUCAAAGAAGCUGGAUCUUCUCUCAGGAUAUUUUACAUACUGAUAGCUGAUGAUGUGUGAAGACAACCUCACAGAAUUGUUAAAAAUAAAUAUGACCUAAUGCAGCUUUAACAUGAAAGCUUACUUAAAUUAGAGAAUCUACAUCCUUCUUUGAAACUGAGGCAUGCAAAAGCCUUGUAUGUUAGUAAAACUCAUCAUGCUAAGUGAACAUUUUUUUUUUUAACUAAUGUUGAUUUUAUUACUAAUUAACUGCACAUUUCAGGGAACAAACGGUACCUAAAUGAUUAAACAGUUGAUUUAUUGGUCAUCAUUUGUAGUUCAUCAGUAUAUAUGACAUAAUGUUUUGUAUUCACAUUGUUCACUUUGGCCUGCUAUUGUUUUUGUUUUCACAUGGUGGACGUUGGCCUGCUCUGCUGAUCCUGUGUAAUAUGUUUUCAGAUAUUCAAAAGCAGAAACUUUUUUUGGAGAGGUUACUUGACGCACGCGCACACACACGCACUCAACAUGGCAACCACACUGGAACUAAUAGGUGGUCAAGGAGGCAGUUCAUUUGAAUUCCACGGCAUGAACAACGGUGCCACCCUCAAGAAGAUCGGAGUGGCGGUGGGAGGCUCGCAGGUCAAAGCUGUGCGGGUGGAGCUUACCGACGGGAAAGUAGCGACUUUUGGAGAUGCAAACACUUUCAAUGAGUUUGAGUUCAAACUCGGCGAGCGCAUCACAAAGCUGUCGCUGUGGGGUAACGGCGCCGGCACACGUCUGGGUGCCAUCAAGUUCACGACGAGUGAGAACCGUCAGUUCUUCGAAAAAAUGACCAGCUGGGGACUGAAGACUGAGUACACCAUAGAUGUGGGGUCCGGAAUCUGCCUGGGGCUGCAGGGCAGGUAUGGCUCGGACAUCGACUGCAUGGGCUUCCUCUUCAUCAACACCAUCAAGUCGUCCGUGCUGACCGACAUGACGUAUCCCACCCUGUCCCUCUUCAAACCCCAGGUGAGCCCAGAAUAUGUGAAAUCUGUGUCUCACCACAACGACACCUCCUUGGUUCAAGAAGAGUCCAUUACAUACAGCAAGACACUGACCAAAACUUCCUCCUGGUCAGUCAGCAACAAGAUAGAAUCCACCUUGAAUGUGUCAGUCAAAGCGGGGAUCCCAGAUCUGGUCGAGGUGACAUCAGGGUUCAGCUUGACCGUGGGAGUGGAACAUUCCACCAGCCUGGAGAAGACAGAGACCAUAACAGAAGCGGAUACCAUCAACCUGAAGAUCCCGCCAGGGAAGACCAUGGAUGUUGAGAUCACAGUGGGGAGAGCAAAUAUCGACCUCGACUACGAGGCCAAAGUGAAAGUCACCUGCAUGAAUGGCAGUCAGCUGGUCUUCCCAUCCAACGGCACCUACACUGGUGUGACUUACACUUCAGCGAGGGUAUCCACAAAGGAGAGAUGAGACAAGUAUGACUUCAUGAAUAAUAAGCACAGUGAUAGAAUGACUAACACCAUGACUAAUUCUUUGUGUGCCUUUUCUGUUAUUAUGAUCUUCUUUGAGUGAAUCUAAUUGAACCAUGUUGACUCAGCUCUUUAUUUCUGUCUCAGCAGAGGGUAUAACAACAGGUGGGUUAUUCCUACAAUCUGGUGCCUUUUAUGUCCAAUGACAUGUUAACACAUAUUUUGUGUGAAUUAUUGAACAACAUUCACUACAAAAUGUUUUCUUAUACGCUUAGACCCCAUUUACCAUAAAAAACAAUGUUACGUAACUAUAAUACAUUUCAUUUAUAAUAAACCAUUUGUCUUGUGUGUCAGUAACCUUUCGCCAUAUCCCCAGUUAAGUUUAUUCAACUUCCAUUGGAUAUACUAUUCAUAAAAUUCACAAAUAUUGUAAUUAUCAUUACAUUGAGUUGUUCUCUUUCUAACUAAUUGUUAAUCAUGAUUAAUGUAUUAUUUAAUAUAAGAAUAAUCUAAUGUGUUUGUUAGCACACACGCAGUCACUAACACACACACAUAGUUUUCUUCUCUGGUUGCACAUUUAACAUGCUGGUAGAAAUGAGGUAAAAUGGAUUUAAGUUUUCCUGCAUUGAAGUCCCCGGCCACUAGGCGCGCCGCCUCUGGAUGAACAUUUUCCUGAUAACUUAUGGCCUUACACAGCUCAUUGAGUGCGUGUUAGUGCCAGCAUCGGUUUGUGGUGGUAAAUAGACAGCUACUGAGAAUAUAGACUAAAAACUAUCUUCAGCCUGACAGUAGAGAAAAUAUAUUAUCAUUAUAAAAGGGUAAAGGGCUAUAUUUCACAUACUUCCUACACAUUACAGAUCAAAUAUAUUUUUUUGUCCAUUGACAGUUCACCUACGGAAAUAAUUUGGCAGGACAUUAAUCCUAUUGCAUAGAAUUGUUCAUCUGUGUGCUUUUUCCUCAGAGAGGUAAGGAUAAGGGGACUUAUUAGUCAGUUGUACAACUUAAUGCAUUCAACUGAAAUGUGUCUACUGCAUUUACCCCAACCCCUCUUAAUCAGAGAGGUGCGGGGGGCUGCCAUAACCAACCUCCACAUCUUCAGCACCCAGGGAACAGUGGGUUAACUGCCUUGCUCAGGGACAGAACAACAGAUUUUGAACUUGUCAGCUCAUGGAUUCAAACUUGCAACCUUUCAGUUACUAGCCAAACGCUCUAACCACUAGGCUACCUGCCGCCCCAAAUGAUAGUACUGUAGUAGCCGACUCCCUGCUGACCUAAAACAAAGAACCCUUUCAUUUAGAAUAUGUUGCAUCGUUGCUUUGGUUUUACAUCAAUUUAUUCACUCAUAGUGUUUCUACUUAGUGGAUGUAACUAGACCACCACUAGAUGGUGGUGUCACACUUCAUAGGUCUUUCAUAGCCCAUAUUAUGUGUAGCCUAUUUGUAUGUAGGUUAUAUCCUCUUGUAGCUGCACUUAAAUUACAUUUUACUCAUGCUUUUCCUUUCAUCUAUGUUUCAUUGAAAAUCGUUGUCACAGAGCUGAUCUCUAAUGUUAACAAGGUCCAAUGAGUCACUGAUUAUAACUGUUUACAGUGGAAGACCUAUGAUAAUUGUAGCAAAGUUCUCUGCUCUUUCGAUUGUUGUUCACCCGUGAAAAGGAAAAUAAAUGUAUGAGACAUGCUAAUUAAUUUAGUUUAGUUUUGCAUAAAACCUUUUGUUUACAGCUCUACUCUUUCCAUUCAUGCAUUUGUUGAUUAAAAGUAUAAAUACAAAGUGAUCAUAUUUAUGAAUUAACACUAAAGUUAAGCUAAAUAAACUAAAUACUAACUUUG